AUGAUUUCUGACUCACUGUAUAUCGCCUACAAACAGGACACCAGCAUCUUCGCUUACUGGCUGGUGCACACUUCAGACUUCAUUAAAAUAAACCUGAACAACAACAGAGAAUCAGAAGACCGACCGAAAUAUGCGCUUCAGAGGUCCAAAGAGAUCUCUACGAACGAUUUUAUCACUCUGACCGAAUUCUUGGUUGAACAAGGCCACCUUUCCCCACAAGGGUACCUCUCAAAGGGUGAAACGUUCGUUUACAACUGUUUGAAAUCCGCUAUCGACAAGAGAAAGAGCGCCGGGAAGAAGUACGAUGAACUCUCAGGGUUCAUCAACAGUCCCGAAUUGGUUGAGAGUAAUGCUACCCAUCAAGCCUUCAUUCGCACUAUCGAAAGGUGUUACAAUCGUCUUAAUGGCCCAGAAUGGGAGAAGAACAACCAGGUUUCUGUGGAAGUGUCCGUCGAGGAGGUUGAAAGGUUUGUCAUCGGUAAAUACGACAAACUAGAGGUUGAAACCGGUGAAGCCGGUGAAGCAUCUGAGGGUGAAGAGAAGUCAGACGCCGAGGCCGGACCAUCGUCACAACAAGGACGACAACAAGGACGUGGUAAAAAAGGAAAGGGGAAGAAGGGAGGGCGAAAGGGCGGAAAGAAGCCGAACAAAUCCAAGAACAGAACCGAGGCACCGAAGCCUGAAGACGAACCUUACAAGCCAAUUCCCUUCGAGGAGAUUCGAGUCGCCGAUGGCGGAGACAGCUAUUUACUUGCUACAUACUCCGCGGUUCAGCAAUGGAUCGAGCUUCGACGAUUCGUCCAAGAUACCUGGCAACAGGCUGCUUACGAGGGUGUUAACACCGCUGCGGCAGCUGGUGUAUCCAGGGUUGCCUUCUCCAUGAUGAGCAAAACGACUUCUCAGAUGGCUGUUCGUUUUCCCGAGAAGAAAACGUCUUAUCUGAAUCUCAUCAACACUCUUACCGGAGGUGGUAUCGAUCAAGCCCAGGGGAGGUUUCAACUGGAGGCUUUGACGCCUGAGGAACGGACGAACCCUAGAGUGGUUUCGGAUAUCAAGGAGCAGUUCCUAUGGAACAUGUAUGAGAUUCUGAAAGACUUCCUUGAGAAUCACCAAAUGAACAGGACUGGGAGGCCAACGCAAGGUAUGAAGAGGAGUCUUGGUACCUGGGAUCAAAACCUCGACCUGGCAGCGGCAUCUGAAGAGGAACGAAUGAGCUGGAGACGAAGCUACACCAUCCGGUGGCUUUUCGACCUAGUCAACGUGUGUUCAAACCCUAGGAGACUGCGCAACGAUAAGAUUGAUCAAAGUCAAAAGCUGGAAGAUAUCAAUUGGUUGGCAGCCAACGACCUAGAAGAUCUUAGGGCAAUCUUCGGUCUUAAUGACUUCGCCGCCGAAAUUACAACCUUGGCAAUGCAAACCCCGAAUCAGCCGACUACUAAGAUUGAGGAGAUGAUUCAACCCCGUCACGUUUUCCAGCUCCAAUGCAUCGUGGACUCUUUCACCGUUUUCAAGGGAUGGUAUAAUUCUGCCGACGCUGGUCACCGUCUGCAAGACCCAGCAACGUUUUCAGCAACUCGCGACAUCGAUCUAUUCAUGGAUCGUAAGCAGAAGAAUUCCUUUGGCGGUUACCCAUUUUCACUCAGUGUUUUGUGGACGUUGGGAAUACCAUCUUGUCAUGAUGCCACCGGUCAUGCACAGACCCGGGCUGGUAUUGACCAGGUCAACCUUCACUUUGCCAAAUUCCUUGGUUCACACAUUUACUCCAAAGACCAGGAACUUGUGAAGGACAUUGCUGGCAGGUUCCCACUCAAAGCCAAAAAUGCAAGGAACCAGACGGUCGAAGUAAAAUACGAGAACGAGUUCCAGAACACACCUCCAUCGCUAUUUGCUAAUAAUACCAAACAUGGGCUGCAAGAUUUCUCGCCAUUCCUAUGUGGUGCCGGACUCGAAGAGGCAUUGUCACUGUCGUAUAAACCGUUCAUGCAUCUAUGGCAAGAGAUGCGCGAACCAUUGCUCUUGAUACGUCUUUACCGAUAUCUUAAGGGGACCAGGUAUCUGACGGAGCGAAUUCCUCUCUGGGAAGGUCUGGAGAUCUUGUUUGAGAAAUGUUUCUUUACAAAGGAAGAGAUAGAAACUCAAAGGAUGCCGGUUCCUGUGGGUAAAACCCGUGCAUUGUUAGCAAAGCUACACGAGACCAAAUCAGGCACGCGCACACAUAUCUCUGGGAGGGACAUGCACGAUUACUGGGACUUGGCCAAGUGCAACACUUUCAACUUGGAGACUACCAUAACAGCCUAUCGAAGAGUUGGCUGGGACUGGGAAAAGGUUACCGAUGAAGGGAUUCGUUCAGAGGAAGAUAUACGUAUGCUGAGACUGGCCAGCAGGACGCAUAGCUCAGAAACAGUGUGGUUGGAACAGACCGAGAUAUCAACUGAAGGCGAUGGUGGCAGAGACCGUAAAGCAGAGGAGCCACUAACACAAUCCGUUGUUGUGCCCGUAUCCUUGGAAGGAUCUACUCCUCAAACACCGAUACCCGAAUCAUCAACAACCGAUCCGAAGGAUCUACCCGAGUUUGAGAACAACAAAUCGGCUGAAUAUGAACUCCUCAGCCGUAUCCGAGAAGACUUCAUUGACGAUGUAAACGGCUUUGGCAACCAAUUCGACCCCAAAAGGCCCCUUGCAGGCCUCAAUUACCCCCAAAUCACAUAUGUCAUUAUUGACGUGUUCGCCCGCGUCGAGAACGCACUUGAGGAACAGUAUCAAGAGGAUCUUGUGGAUAAUGAGAUCGAGCAAAAGGGUAACUCUCUCUUCCUAUAUCAUUUCCGUGGAAACCACAACCCAGCAAAGAGGAAUAAUUUGUAUCUCAAUGCGAUUGAGCUCUAUCUGAGGGAUGGUGAGAAGGCUGAGGAUGCCAUCAAUAUUUUCGAAUUGCUUAGCGAGGCUUUGAAAGAUGAGGAACGUCCUAUGUGUCGCUUUUCGUUCUGGGAGGAUGUGAAAAAGCAGCAUAGGAAUGCGUAA